AUGACGCCGACUCUGGUUUCAACAUCGUUGAAUUCUACUAUUUUGACUAGUACAAUAACUAGAAAUGCAACAGUAAAUGGUUAUGAUUAUGAAGGCGCUGCUAUCUAUGUCGCUGUUAUAUUAGUUUGGUAUUCAACAGGUUUAGCAUUAAUGUUAUUUCUUCAAGUACGCCCGCGUACAUACGAUAGUCAAUUUUUACUUGAUUAUCAACCGAGUGAUAAAUCAAAAUCAUGUUCAUUACAUGCAUUUGGUAAUUAUCAUAAUGUUGAAGCCGAUCAUAUAAAAAAACAUAUUCUUAAUGAAUUAAAGGAUCCCGAUAGACGGCAGCGUCUAUGGAAAAUAUAUUAUUCGUCAAAAGAAAAACAGAAUGAGCCACAUCCACGUUAUUAUAAAACGAUUACAGCCGAUAGUGCAACUAUCGGUCGGAUUAAUAGAAAAUUAGCGGAUAUUCAUCGAAUAGACGCACGAAAUCGAGAUGAUUCAUUGUUGCCGUCAUUGGAUCUUUCGUCAAAUGUUAAUAAAUUCGACCCAACAAAAUUUGUCAAUAGACGAAUUACGUCAAUACGUAAAGAGAAUGAUGUUCAAACAGUUAAUAAUCGAGAGCCAUUUGCUUCAAUACCAUCACAAAUCGAUACAGUACCAACGACAAGACCAGAUGCGAGACUUGUUGUAUGCGAACAAAAUCCAAUUCUAUCAGUGAUGACAGUGAGGAAUGGCUCACGUAAACGAAUGAAUAAAUUUUCAACUCGAUUUACUAUCGAAAAAGUAUCGGAAAACGACAACAAUAGCUCAGCUAUACAGCCCACUGCCGAAUAA